AUGGAGAGCUCACAUCACGCCAGGCCUGGAUCAGUGUGGGGGGGUUGGGGGUGUGUGUAUGGGGGGUACUCCUGCACAGCACCUGGGCGUUUGAUGGAAGAUCGAGGCUUUUCCACCCUACACAUGUGCGGCGUGUGUGGGCAGCGGCAGAUUACACUAAAGGUGUUCAGGCUGAAGAAUGAGGCUGAGACAGAGCAGCGAGACCAGGGGGAGGCUCGCUAA